UUUUAUUUCAUGUCUGCAGCUUUAAACACCUCAAAGGGAGCUGCAGUGGAGAAUACUUCCUGGUGUCUGGCCAUUGAGACGCAUCUGACAUGAAACUGAAGCUCUGACUGGAAAAUGAAGCAGGAGUACCAGGAUCUCGUCCUGCAGGCGUGCGGCGCUUCAUCUCUGCGUGUCGGCGCAAAGAUCCAGACUCUGUGGAGCGGCUACGGCGAGAUCGUCAGGCUGCACCUGGAGGGCUGCCACCGGCCGUCUGUGGUCGUCAAACAUGUCAAGUUCCCAGAGGAGGCCGAGCACCCCGGAGGCUGGAACACGGACCGCUCACACAUGCGCAAAGUCAGAUCCUACCAGGUGGAAACACACUGGUACCAGAACUAUUCCACCAAUCAGAGCUGUCGGAUCCCUGCCUGCCUCGCUGCCUGUUCCCAUGGAGACGAGAUGCUGAUCGUGCUGGAGGACCUGGACGCGGUUGGCUACGAUCAGAGAAGGACCAGUGUGAAGGACAGAGAAAUAAAGGCUUGUCUCUGCUGGCUCGCCCACUUCCAUGCUCUCUUCCUGGAUGUGGCCCCAGAGGGCCUGUGGCCUGUUGGUACCUACUGGCACCUGGAGACCCGUCCAGACGAGCUGGAGGCCAUGGACGAUGCCGCGCUCAAAGCGGCAGCCGCAGACAUUGACAAGAUACUCAACGAAUGUCGAUUCAAGACCAUCGUUCACGGAGACGCCAAGCUGGCAAACUUCUGUUUUUCCCCGAGCGGACAGGACGUAGCAGCUGUGGACUUCCAGUACGUCGGUGGAGGCUGUGGGAUGAAAGACGUUGUGUAUUUCUUAGGAAGCUGCAUGGAGGAGAAGCAGUGUGAGAAGAGGGUGCCGGGCCUGCUGGACUCUUAUUUUGCAGAGCUAAAGGUAGCUGUGAAAAAAGACGUGGACUUUGCUGCCUUAGAGAAAGAGUGGAGGGAGAUGUUUGCAUUCGCCUGGACAGAUUUUCAUCGUUUUCUGCUGGGAUGGAUGCCGGGACACUGGAAGAUCAACCGCUACAGUAAACAGCUAACCAAAGAGGUCUUGCGCAAACUGAAACAGUAACAACCAGAGAACUGAGAACCUCUGUGCAGAGCUGAUAAACCAUCACUGGAUAAAUAAAAGAUGAUGAAAAAUG